GCCUAAGCGCCAGCGGGCAUGCCAAGCCGCGUGGCCGAGUGGAGACUAACCCAGCUGCAUGCGCCCCCACCCCCACCCCAGCUGCACCCCUAACUGCUUGGAGACUGACUGUGGGCACACUUGGGCUCCCCGCAGCGAGGCUGGAUGCAGGAUUCUGGCCUUCUCCUGCCUGAGGCUUCUCGCUCCUCCCCAGGCCCUGACUCUCAAUCUGCUGGAGCUCCAGAGGCCCUGUGGUCAUCUUGCACAGCCUUAAAGACAACUGCGGAGGCACCUGUGUGCCUUGGUCCUUGUCCCAUUGCCCAGGCCUGGCUGCCUGAGAAGCACAAAGUGAAGCUCUUCUUGGGAAAGGCAGGGUAGGAAAACCCGAUCUUGGAGCAGACACACUGGUUUUGUUAAGCUCCAGUGCCCUGCAGGCUUCCUGAAACCGUGUUCUCAGGCAGGGCCGAGAAUACAGCAAGUGCAGCCCCAAUCCACACAGUGUAAGGGGGGCUGGAGCUCUUCUGGCUGCGGCAGAAAUGUGUUUGGGACCGUACUAGUGGGCACCCAGUGCCUUGAGUUGGUGUGCGAAUUCUUUAAGGUGAAACAGAUGCAGCUUACUGAAUACCUACUGUGUGCCUGCCCUGCCGGAGAUUUUAUCUUUAGUUUGUACGUCCGCUCUUAGGGAAUAGUCCUCAAGUUAGAGAAGCCGGGCUGGCCCCGCCCAAGGUCAUGAGACAGCCAGGCUGGCAUCUCUGUAGUGGAUUCUGGCUUGCUAUUUUAAUACCACGUUAUCUAAAGCCAGUACUACACUCCCAGACAGGGUGUUUCAGUUGAUGCAUGAAACAGUGAGGACUGUUACGCCUCUCUGGACACGAGGAAGCCCACUAACAAGGUCUGCGUGGUGGCCUACCUUGGACUGUUCAUGCUUUGUGUCUCAUAUCAAGUUGAUGAGAGAACAUGUGUCCAGUUCUCAAUGAAAGUGCUCUACUUCCUGCUGAGUGCCCUGGGCCUGAUGGUCUGCAUGCUGGCCGUGGCGUUUGCCGUCCACCACUGUUCCCUGCUUGCACAGUUUACCUGUGAGACCUCCCUCGAUUCUUGCCUGUGCAAACUGCCUUCCUCGGAGCCUCUCAGCAGGACCUUUGUUUACCGGGAUGUGGCUGACUGUACCAGCAUCACUGGCACAUUCAAAUUGUUCUUAAUUAUCCAGAUCGUUCUAAACCUGGUCUGUGGCCUUGUGUGCUUGCUGGCUUGCUUUGUGAUGUGGAAACACAGGUACCAGGUCUUUUAUGUGGGUGUUGGGCUACGCUCCCUGAUGACUUCUGAUGGACAACAACAAAAGACCUAACAGCUUGACUCAGGCGUAGAGGCAGAAACAGAACCCUGGUUAGCCAAGGUGAAAAACACAAUUUUUUUAAAGGCAAACUUUUGACAACAAAUGCUUAUUCAUUCUCUAAGUGAAUAUUUUUAGAUUUUUCAGUGAACAAAAGAACUUUUUGUAGAUAUGUAUUGUACAUUUUAAAAUAUUCUUGUGAGGUUAGGGAUGGAGAGAUGGCUCACAAGCCCUCUUGCAGAGGACCGAGUUCAAGUUCAGUUCCAGAACCCAAGUUGGGCGACUCACAACUACCUGUACCCCCAGCUCCAAGAGUAUUGGGUGCCCACACAUAUGCACACACAUGUACAUAAUUUAACAAAACAAAAACUUUUAAAGUUUUUAUGAGAAAUAAGAUUCAAAUUGAUUUCACAAACUCUAAAUGGAAAAGUAAUAACAGAUGAGGAAUGAAUGACCUAGAUCAAUUGCUUUCUGGUGCUUACUCCUGACACUCUUUCAUCCAUGACUUACGCAACCUCCUUUCCUGUCCAUCCAAUAUGAUGGUGUGAACUGGCAUCUAAGGCCACUUCCUAGCCUCCAGAUUCUUCUAGUUCCUUCUACCACCUGCCAUUAUCCAUGUGGUGUCUUGGAGAAUGGUAGAGUCUGGGGAAAGAUGAAUCUCUGUGUUGAAUGCUUUAAUUUAUCACAGUACAGAUGUCUUUAAGGCAUGAAGUAGCUUAAAAAAACUAGUAGAACAGGAAGGCCGAGUAAUUAUAAACACCUGGGUGGAGUGCAGCCUUCUGGCUGCUUUAACUCCACUCCAUGAGUGGGCUGUAGCUUCCCUCCGUGAUCAUCUGCGGCCUCUAUGAUUGUCCGCUUCACAUAAUUGAAUGGUAGUGCCGUUGCAUUCUUAACGAUGUAGAAAGUUUAAAAAUAAUUACAUUAUGCCUCUAGUCUAUCAUCUAAAACAAAUCAUUAAGACUAAUUUCCAGCUAAUUGUUCAUUAUAAUUAUGCUGUUUAAUGAGCUCUGGCUGUCCUUAGGCAGUGCUGUUGGUGUUGAGAAAAAUUAUAGCCACAAGGGAAGAUGUCUGAAGAUCCACUCUCCAACCACUGCAAAAAGAACUUGUAAAACACUAACACUCAGGUUUAAAACACUCUUAGAGAAAAAACAAGAGCAUUUGUCAUAGGAAGCACUAACACUAAUAGCACAAUUGUGAUGUGUGAUGUGUUGUAGAGUAUCUCUCUUGACAACCAGGUACCUUUGAUGGUGAUUGGGUACCACUGUUGAGUCCUGUCAUAAACUUUGCCUUUUUAUGAAAUCCUAUUAAUGAUGACUUUUACAGUUGACCUAGAGACAGAUGUCUCACUACCAUCAUUUGGACGAUACAUCCAUGGUUAGAAGGUCGAUUUAGUUUGUUAUCAGUUUAGAUUUGACACAGGUACUUUGUUAGGAUAGACUUUGCUGCGUUACUGUUAUUACUAAAUUCAGAAGAGCAUCUGUACAUUGAGGGAGGUGCUCACCUGGGAAAUCCACACCGUGUAAAGACCACCAUGAAUGUCUCUCCUAGCUGAUGUUUUUAAAAGUAGAAGUUCCAGGUCAUGGUUCAGCCAGGUUUGCUCUCUGCCCUGACUGUCCAUACACUUUCCUAGUCACAGCAUUUGCCCUAUGGGAACACGUGUUCUCCUUGAGAGUCAGUGGAGAAUUCUAUGAUGGUGACAAUGGAAUCAGUCUGUGUGACACACACAUCCCAACUAAAGGAACGUAUUAGGCUAGUCAGUUGGAGGACUGGCCACUGUAGUUCACUCCAGGUAAAACUCAUUAUGUUCUGCCUUGCCCUGAAUCUGCCCUUUUUGCCUGCUAGCUCAGAUCAGGAAGGCCCAUCAGAGUGUCUAGUGGAUAAAAUCCCACCAAAGGUCUGGUCUCAGCUGUGCAUGCACGAGCCUCCAGAUACUGACCUGAAAAACCUUCGGUGUUUGUUAAGAAUAACCAACUCUGGGCUAGGGAAAUGGCUCAGUCAGCCAAGUGCUUGCCACCCCAGUAGGAACUUGAUCCUUAGACCCCAGGUAAAAAGACCAAGCACAGCGAUAUGUGCUUAUAAUCCUGGCACUGAGGAUGUAGAGACAGGUAGAUCCCUGGGACUCCUGGACCAGCCAGCUUUAUUAAUGGUCGAAUUUUAGGUCUCUGGUGAGGGAGUUUGUCUCAAGAAACAAAAAAGAAAGCAAAGUGGACAGCUGACCUCUGGCCUCCACAUAGAUCACACACAUACACAGUUGCACCUGCACACUCUGAGGAAUAACCAAAUGCACAUUGACUUACGAUAGUUUUCUGUAGAAGUAGUGGAAGGACUGGGAAUUGGGGAUGUCACAGGCUGUCCUUCAUGUCAGGUGCUAUGCAUGGGGUACCACUAGAGGCACACAGAACAACAGAACACUUUCCACAGCUUUGACCAGCACACUCAAAAGGGUUUUGUGUGUGUGAGAGAAAAUCAAGAUCCCUACACAAUUAGGUUGCUCUGUGCUUUACAAACAACUCAUGGGGCAUUUUAAAGGGUAUAAUAAUUUUAGCCUGCAGGUUUCUUGUUUUCUAACUCAAUCAAGAGUAGGCAUGGUUUAAAGUUAUAAUAUUUUGUCUGCAUAGAAUGGGAAUUUUACUAUUAUAUGAUCAAAUUAUUCUCAACUCCCCAAAGAGGAGGACGGAGUUGUAAGGGCAUAGAAGGAGAAAAACCAAAUGAGGGGAUCCCGUUGCUAAAAGCUCACUGUAGACUGCUAUGUGUAAGAAUUGUGCUGCAUGAAUAACAAAUGGCUUUGGGUUGGAUUUGAAGUAUUUUGACUUUAUGUUUUGCAAAUAUUGAAGCUUCAGUAAGGACAACAGAGAAGGAGCAGGCCCAGAGCUUCUCACUUAGCAGAAUGUUACACUUCAAAUCUGUCCAAGAGCCAGGAUGGUGACUGUGCCUUCCAAACCCCAAAACAGCAAGGUUUGCACAGCCCCCCUCCCAAGCCUCUUUCAGGAGAAUUAAAUGAAUCAAGAUUUUGCAGAGAAGAGAAGCAGCCAGGACUUGGCAGUACUUGGAAUAGGAAUACGACAGUCUGAAUGUACAGACUGUAACCAAGCCCACUCAACGGCUCUGUGCCUUCACGUGACCAUCAUCUGUGGCUCCCAAGCUCCGUCCAAAUUGGUGUAGGCAGCACCUUGGAACCAUGCCUAAACCAUAGCUACUCCAAAGCCCUAGAAACUGUAGUCAAGUGGCAGGCCUCACAUUUCUCCUUCUUUGGAUUGAGAGCUUAGAUGUUCUCUUCUGAGUGCCUUUCAGUGUGUUCCCACAGCAAAAUUCCGUUCUGUAUAUGUUUUGUAUCCAUGUCCAAGGUGGUUUCCUGAUACUCUUUCGCUUGCCUUCUAUGUGCAGCAUGCUCUUCUUUUAUGAGACUGUGGUAGAGACUGGAGAAAAGCUGCCGGGGGGAGGGGGAAGGGGGUAUUAGGGAGCAGCUGAGGAACGGCUACCCAAAGACCAUCAGAAAUGAACUUAAAAGCUGUUCAUUUGCAAACAUAAACUGUGUCCUAAUAUUUCCUGGUGACUGUCUCUGAAUCCUUGCUGCAUGAUCACAUUUGUAUAAAUAUGCCACUGGAUUUUACUCCAGUUAAAAAACCCACAAUGUGCUUUAGCAGUACAGUGUAAAUUCUGUCUGUCUGAUGGCCAAAUGCUUAGUGGUCAAGCCACCGAAAUGAAUUCGUGUCUUCUAAUUUUCUUAUCUCAAAUGAGCACUGUCCCUUUCAGAACUGUGGGUUUGUGUUUUGGUGCUGCAGUUUCCUUUCCUGGCCUUGAUCAAAUCAAGAGAAGAAGAUGAAGUGUUUCUAUACAUUUGAGGUGGUUGUUUUUAAAGGGGUGUGUGUGUGUUUCCAUUAUUAAUAAACUUUUCAUAAUCCACAAA